AUGCAGCCAGCGGGCGCCCAGCCCCCCCAGCCCUCGGGCUCCCCGCCGGGCGACGAGCCCGCUCAGCGCGGCACCGACGCCCAGGGCUUUGCCCAACUGGUGGAGGGCGCCAGCGACGUGCGCGUGGACAUGGCGCGCCUGUCCGCGCUGAUGGGCUGCCUGGACGAGCGGCUGCAGCGGCGCAAGCGGCGGGCGCAGGAGGAGGCGGUGGCGGGGAUGGCCAAGGUGAGGGCGGACGCGGGCGGCGGGAGGCACGCCAGGGCGAGGCGGAGGGCGGAGGGGCUGAUCCGCGGCGUGCGGGAGGCGCAGGCGGAGGUGGACAAUCUGAGCGCGGAGAAGGUGGGGCCGGGUGGUUUGGGUUUCCGGGAUGCGACGGUCGGCACGGUAUUCCGGUACUUCGGUGAAAGGGGCGGGGGGGCCCAAGGUCGGGGACGUGGCGAGUGGUGCGUGGGGCGAAAGGGCAGGCAGGGCGGCCACAGCGGUGCUGUGCGUCGCCCCUGCGUGUCGAUGCGCCCCGCGGGCGGUCCGUUUGUGCUUGUCGUACGCCUGGGCAUGGGCGCUCAACCAGCGGCUGGGUUCGCGUUGGUGUCGGAGGUCCUCUGCGGCUUUGGAUCACAGUAUGGUGUUGGGAGGCGCCGGGCUGCCAGUGAACUGCCUCGCGUUGUCAAACGUGGCCGCGAUCGGAGGUCGAAGCUUUCCAUCCACGGUAGUGCACCAUUGCAGUCGCCGCUCUUGUUCUGUUGGAUUCUGCUUCUCGUACAUGCCUUGUCUGGUGUGGCUACCAGAGGCCAGGAACGUCUCCUCCGCUGCAUCGCGCCCAGUUCAUUGGCAACAUCGUUGACUCUCUCAACCCAAGGGUUGAAUGGGCAGUAG